GGGAAACACAUUGCGAUGCCGCCUGCUUCCUUGUUUUUUUUAUGUUGUUGAAGUUAUAACUUUCACAGGCAUUCGCCUGGGUUGUACCUGCUGACUGGAGCUGCUGCUGCUGGGGGUUGUGGUAACUUCUAUUGGAGUCACUCUGCUGCAAAGAGGAAAAUCAUUGAGAAAACAUGACGGAUUCUAAAUACUUCACCACCACCAAGAAAGGUGAGAUCUUUGAGCUAAAAGCAGAACUGAACAGUGACAAAAAAGAAAAGAAGAAAGAAGCUGUUAAGAAGGUUAUAGCCUCCAUGACAGUAGGGAAAGAUGUCAGUGCCCUGUUCCCGGAUGUAGUGAACUGUAUGCAGACCGAUAACCUGGAGCUGAAGAAGUUGGUAUACCUUUAUUUGAUGAACUAUGCCAAGAGUCAGCCAGACAUGGCCAUCAUGGCAGUGAACACUUUUGUUAAGGACUGUGAAGAUGCAAAUCCUCUUAUCCGUGCCCUGGCAGUGCGUACUAUGGGCUGUAUUCGGGUGGACAAGAUCACAGAGUACCUGUGUGAGCCACUUCGCAAGUGCCUAAAAGAUGAGGAUCCGUAUGUACGCAAGACUGCUGCUGUGUGUGUAGCAAAACUACAUGACAUCAAUGCUCAGCUAGUGGAAGACCAGGGAUUCCUUGACACCUUAAAGGAUUUGAUAUCUGACUCAAACCCUAUGGUUGUGGCUAAUGCUGUGGCAGCUUUGUCAGAGAUAGCGGAAUCACAUCCAAGUAGCAAUCUGCUAGACCUAAACCCACAGUCCAUAAACAAGCUUUUGACGGCCCUAAAUGAGUGCACAGAAUGGGGCCAAAUAUUCAUCCUGGACUGUCUGGCCAACUAUAUCCCUAAAGAUGACCGUGAAGCACAGAGUGUAUGCGAACGUGUUACUCCACGGCUUUCCCAUGCAAACGCAGCUGUGGUUCUUUCUGCAGUGAAAGUCCUGAUGAAGUUAAUGGAACUACUGUCAAAAGACUUGGACUAUUAUGGUACACUUCUGAAGAAGCUGGCUCCACCCCUGGUAACUCUACUAUCUGCAGAGCCUGAGCUCCAGUAUGUGGCAUUACGCAACAUAAACUUAAUUGUCCAGAAACGAGCAGAGAUCCUUAAACAUGAAAUGAAAGUUUUCUUUGUAAAAUACAACGACCCAAUAUAUGUGAAAUUAGAAAAAUUAGACAUCAUGAUUCGACUGGCAUCACCAGCAAACAUUGCACAGGUGCUAGCUGAGUUGAAGGAAUAUGCUACAGAAGUGGAUGUGGACUUUGUGCGCAAAGCUGUAAGAGCAAUUGGACGUUGUGCCAUCAAGGUGGAGCAAUCUGCAGAGCGCUGUGUCAGCACCUUGCUUGAUCUCAUUCAGACCAAAGUCAAUUAUGUAGUUCAAGAAGCCAUCGUGGUGAUAAAAGACAUUUUCAGGAAAUACCCAAACAAGUAUGAAAGUGUCAUAUCAACUUUGUGUGAGAACCUGGACUCUCUGGAUGAGCCGGAGGCUCGUGCCGCUAUGAUCUGGAUUGUGGGGGAAUAUGCAGAGCGCAUAGACAAUGCAGACGAGCUAUUAGAGAGCUUCCUGGAGGGAUUCCAUGAUGAGAGCACUCAGGUCCAGUUACAACUUCUUACAGCAAUUGUGAAGCUUUUCUUGAAGAAACCAACCGAGACCCAAGAACUAGUGCAGCAAGUUUUGAGCUUAGCAACACAGGAUUCAGAUAAUCCAGAUCUUCGGGAUCGUGGCUACAUCUACUGGAGGCUGCUGUCCACUGACCCAGUUGCUGCUAAAGAAGUUGUCUUAGCAGAGAAACCAUUAAUUUCUGAAGAGACUGACCUAAUUGAGCCCACUUUGCUAGAUGAGCUUAUCUGUUACAUUGGGACUUUGGCUUCUGUCUACCAUAAACCUCCUAAUGCCUUUGUGGAGGGAAGCAGAGGUGUUGUGCCUAAGAGACUGCCACCACGCACUGGCUCGAAUGAGAGUGCAGAAAGUCCAGAGGCAGCACCUGUUGGUGUUCCCACAGAAGCCCAUUCCUCUGUCAUUCCAUCGCAAGGAGACCUUCUGGGGGAUCUCCUAAACUUGGAUCUAGCUCCACCCAUUACUGGACCUCCCCUUCCUACAAGUUCUGUUCCCUUAGGAGGUGUGGACUUACUUGGUGGAGGACUAGAUAGCUUGUUGGGAGGAGACACAAGUGCUGGUUUAGGGCUUCCUACAGGAUUCAUGGCUCCCCCAGUGGCUCCCAAUCCUCUUGGACCAUCUCUUGGGGGUGGCCUGGGAGAUCUUUUUGAUCUUGGUGGUGGAACGGGAGCAGUCUCUGGACCUUAUGUUGCUCCAAAAGCAGUAUGGUUACAUGCUAUGAAAGGGAAAGGCCUGGAAAUCAGUGGUACUUUUGCUCGAAGAUCUGGAGCAGUGUUCAUGGACCUUGUGUUUACCAAUCGAGCACUCCAGGUCAUGAGUGACUUUGCUAUUCAGUUCAAUCGCAACAGCUUUGGGCUGACACCUGCUGCUGCUCUUCAGAUCCUCACACCCUUAGCACCAAACCAGUCUACCGAAGUCUCUCUUCCGCUAAACACAAUUGGCUCUGUCAUGAAAAUGGAUCCUCUUAACAAUCUUCAGGUUGCUGUGAAGAACAAUAUAGAUGUAUUUUACUUCAGUGUCUUGUACCCUCUACACAUACUAUUUGUAGAAGAUGGAAAGAUGGAGCGACAGAUGUUUUUGGCCACAUGGAAGGAUAUAGCAAAUGAGAAUGAGGCACAGUUUCAAAUAAGGGACUGCCCCUCAAGUUCAGAUGCAGUCAUCAACAAGCUGCAAGCUAGCAAUAUCUUCACAGUGGCCCGAAGAACAGUGGAAGGUCAAGAUAUGCUGUACCAAUCAUUGAAGAUCGCCAAUGGCAUCUGGGUUUUAGCAGAAGUGAGAAUGCAACCUGGUAGCCCCAACUGCGCACUGUCUCUAAAAUGCGGUGCACCUGAAGUAUCCCAGUUCAUCUUCCAAGCUUACGAGACUAUUGUGAAGAACUAAGUAUUAUCCUGAUCCCUCGUCCUAUCAAGAUGAUGGAUGUAGUUCUUUCUGCAUAGAGGUUGAAUGUACCAAGAAGGGACCUCUAGGAGAAGAACAAACCUACUUUUCAAUCAGAAAACCAAACAUGGACCAAAUAAUGAAGUGUUGAUUUUAUGCUCUUUGCACCAUCAUCGACCUAAUGUUUUAAGCCUUUAUUUUUCUGGGAUGGGUAGAAAUUGGAUUAAGUUGUCAUGUUUUUUUUUUAAGUAGGUUUGGUGGAGCUAUCUUCUUGUUUGAUAAAUGCUCUGUUAUCUUUUAAGAGAUAGCUUGUACUGUUUCUUAUUAACUUAAAAUGGGAGUACAUUGGAUAAAAUCUAUGUAUAUAAGAAAAAAACUUUUAACUGUGUGAGUUUAUUAUUGAUUUUGUAUGUGAAAACAAAAUAAGUUCUGUAUUAAAUUGCAUCCAUGCAUAAAGGCAAUUGCCACACUCCAAUGGGGGCAUAAAUGGCAUCCAUGUUAGCACCCAAUUUCCUUUCCAGUAGCGACAGAGCCAUACUGGCCCUUUAAGAAUUCAAAUAUUUGCCACCUUAAACCUGACGAAUUGCUGUUUUAGCCUAUCGGGGACGUCCUGGGAUCAAUUUGGAAUUGUUUGCAGCCUUCCUGAAAAAUUUUGGAGGAAAAACCUCGAAUCGAAUUAGAUUGGAAUUAGAUUGGAAUUUUAUUCGAGUUUGUGGGUCAAUCCCAUUCACCCAAGUGAAUGCGAUUUUUUUUUUUUUUUUUUGGAUAAAUUUGAAUUGCCCAUUUUAAUUUUAAUUUCGAAUUCAUGGGAGUUUAUGGAAGUUUUUACAAACUCCCAUGAACUCUAAAUUCGACCCUUGAUAAAUCUGCCCCUAUGUGUUUCAUGGCAUCCCACCACUUUAUCAGGCACAAGCUUCAAUACACUUGGGGGCCUGUCUUUAUCCGUGCAGCAGUUGGUGUUAACUAUGAAGUCUGGUUUUGUGCACUCGGAUUUAGUGAUAAAAAGAAAUUAGCAUGUACAGUAAACAGUAUAUUUCUAUUUUUCCCAAUAAAGGAGAAUAAAUAUCUCGCCUUAGAAAGCUUAUAAAGUCAGAUCCAUAUACAGCUAUGUUCAGAAUAAUCAGUAGAGUGUUUAAAAAAGUGAUUAAAGCUCAUAUGAAUGA